GGCCCGGCACUGCUCCCCUCGUUUGUCUGUGGGCUGAUCAGAGCCAGCCGUUCUCAGCAGCUGAUAGGAUUUGGGCCCUCUCGCUGGUGGAAGGGCAGAAGGGUUGGAGGGGCUGCUUUCCCGUGAGCUCCGUGUGCUUUUAAGCCACCGGUGGGCAAAACGGUGCUGCAAGGCGGCAGUGGGAAGGCAGGAAGGUGGAAAAAGUCGUGUUGUCCCAAUGGUGGCUGGCUUGCAUUUAGAAGCGAGAGAAUUGUUCAGAGUGAUUGCAGCAAUAGUGGCAGAGCGCUGUUAGAAGGGCCAGGUCCUGCCAGCUAGCUUUCUGCACCAAUGAGCGGAUUUAUUUGCUGCAGGAAGGUGUAUUGUUCUCGUGCCUGGUUCUUUGUGUUCUUCAGGUAAAGGCUUUUACAUAAGCUCGCACCACUGUAAUUUAUAUAGCAAUCAGCUGAGAAGCUUGUUGUUUUUAUGGUCUUCAUUUCUAUAGGGUGUAGACUGACCUGGUUGUGACUUUAUGAUAUAGGGCUGAAGAGGGGCAGUGUCCUGCAAGAAACUGCUUGUGGUUGAUUGAUGUUUUGCUUGGUGUUGCAGAAGCUUUUUCUGUGUGCCUGAAAGAAUGGCAGAUCCUCUGCUGGAGGGACAAACGCAGGAAGCUGACUCCUGGCAGCAUAUGAUCAUAAGAGUCCGGUUUCCCUUUUGUGGAAGUUCCUGUCUUGGUUUUCUGAGGAAAUCCAUCCUUAAUUUCUUUCUGACUUCUUUUUUUUCGGCUGAACUGUGGUAGAUCAGGUGUUCCCUAAUGGCCAGCAGCUCUGACACCAGCAGUGAUCUUUGUCACUGAAUCUGGCGCAGUUCAAACCAGAUUCUCUUUUCCUGUUUUUCCCUGGUUUGCAGUACAGCCGUUGUCUGGCCAGACAAAGUACAAGGAUCUAUUGAGGAAGCUGCUUGUUCAGUGAGAACUGAAGCUUGACGGGAAGGGGCUCGGCUCAGGCAAAAUCAUGCGGGUGAUUCUGCAAAGCAAACGUGCCAGAGCUCUCUGAAGACAAAUUUUGCUGUCAGACUGACUACUGGAGAGUAUUUUCAAGGGCUUUUUGGGCUUUUAAAGACUUCACAAAGGCUCGAGUCAUUUUAAAUACUUAGAUCUGUAGGGGAAAGGAGGGAGCUGUGGGAAAAUGAAAGACUCUUUUUGUAGUGCUGAGGGAGCACUUGCCUGGAUACUUUGCUCUUUUACAGAUAUAGUAAGGGAAAGGCAGUGUGACCCGCAGUACUAAUACAGUGACUAAUACCAAUGAGUGCUUCUUUUCAACUACCCUUACUCUGAAUUCAUAAUGGAAAGACAAAAAUCUUCACUGUAGUUUCAAGGAGCCUAUGUAAUUCAUUCUCUAACUAUGCAAAGAAUAAAUGGGGUUUUGUCACUAAUUAUUUCCUAUCCUUUUCUGGUCUAGCUAGGCAGCAAUGGCAGGUGAGGACUGUGUAAGAAAACGCCCGUCUGGCUCCACCACAACCUACAAGAGCCCUGAGAAUGAAGAAGCGCAGAGAAGACCUGAUGGUGAGAGAUCCUUCCAAAACUCCAGCAAUGCAAUUGAAGCCAGUUUUCAUGAAGGAGGUGGACAGUCACUUCACAGAGUUUGUGAACAGUUUGGUGGCGAAGUCAGCACUCCUGGAUUCCUCAUCUUCAGCUUCCCCUUUCCCAGCUUCCUGCUCUGAGAAGGAGCUACACAAAGCCAAGGCCUUGAGAGCCCCUCCAGAACAUGGGAAGAUCUUCACUGCCAGGAGGUCCCUCUUGGAUGAGCUAUUUGAAGUGAGUCACAUCAGGACAAUCUACCACAUGUUCAUCGCUCUUCUCAUCGUCUUCAUCCUCAGCACGCUUUUGGUAGACUUCAUUGAUGAAGGAAGGCUGGUCCUUGGGUUUGAUCUCUUGGUCUACGUUUUUGGAAAGUUUCCAGUCGUCUUCCAUACUUGGCUGUGCAUGUUCUUUGCCACAGUUAUCAUUCCAUACGGCCUUUUCUUCCAGUGGGCCCAAGGUUACCGCAGUUCCUCCCAUCGUGUAAUCUACUCUCUCUUCUAUGGGACGUUGUUCACGCUCUUCCAAACCUUUGGGCUUGGGAUUGGGCCAACUUAUGUUGCUAUAUCACAUGCCCUGCCUCCAGCUUCCCGUUUUAUUGUAAUUCUGGAACAGGUUCGUCUUGUUAUGAAGGCUCAUUCAUUCGUCCGUGAGAAUGUACCCCGAGUCCUGUCUUCUGUAAAGGACAAGUCUAGCUCAGUACCUAUUCCUAGAAUUUCUCAAUACUUGUACUUCCUCUUUGCUCCCACCCUCAUCUAUAGAGACAGCUAUCCCAGGAAUCCUAUGGUAAGAUGGGGCUACGUAGCUACCAAGUUUGCACAGGUGCUUGGUUCGCUUUUUUAUGCCUACUACAUCUUUGUGAGGCUCUGCAUUCCUCAGUUUCGCAACAGUAGUCAAGAAACCUUUAAUCUUCGAGGGCUGGUCUUGUGCAUCUUCAACUCAAUUCUGCCAGGGGUACUGAUUCUCUUCCUGGUCUUCUUUGCCUUCCUUCACUGUUGGCUUAAUGCGUUUGCUGAGAUGAUGCGCUUUGCAGAUAGGAUGUUUUACAAGGACUGGUGGAACUCCACAUCCUAUGCAAACUACUACCGAACUUGGAACGUGGUAGUGCAUGACUGGCUCUAUUACUAUGCCUACAGGGACUUCCUCUGGUUUUUUGGUAAGAAGUUCAAAGCUGCAGCUAUGCUGUCCGUCUUCACAGUAUCGGCUGCUGUGCAUGAAUACGUUCUGAGCAUCUGCUUCGGCUUCUUCUACCCAGUUCUCUUUUGCCUGUUUAUGUGCUUUGGAAUGCUCUUUAACUUCAUCCUUAAUGACCGUCGGAAGGGGCCCAUCUGGAAUGUGAUCAUGUGGACAUCCCUCUUUCUGGGCCAAGGUGUCAUCAUCUGCCUCUACAGCCAGGAGUGGUACGCCCGCCAGUACUGUCCUGCAGAAAAUCCACCGUUCCUGGACUACUUAAAGCCUCGCUCGUGGUCGUGUCACAUGCAGAUGUAAAAACUUGUACGCUCUGGCCGUGCCAUCACAGAAGAACAGAGUUUCCUCCAAGUAUUUGGACCAUUGACUGAUUCACUGCAGACUUUUUCUAAGGGAAUUUUUGUCUCCUGAUUAUUUGGGAGAAACUGUAACUUUUAAAAACAUUACUGAGGCAACCCAGUUGAACUGGAUUGCACCAGGCUUCACAGGCAGCAUCCAUUAUGUGCUGUCCCUCUUUGAGCCGUUUCCAUGCCAGUGAAACAAUGAGCUGAAGGUGGAGUCUACUGGAAUCCUACUUGUCCAGGGGUCCCCCAAGUGGCUGCUCUUCUGGGCAGCAGUUCAGUCACAUCUGCUAGUAGCUCAUGGUUGGCUUCCGUCCAUCUUCCUCAGUCACCCCUUUACAGUUUUUUCUCCUUUCUGGUAAUGGGAUGUCUACGGAAUUUCUAUUCUUUGUGAUCUUGUCCGUUGCUAUGCCACGGAUGAGUGACGGAGCGACAAGUUGUUUGCCUCCUUGCUGUGAAAAUAGCCAAAGCAUUCCUGGAUGGCUUUGAACUGCAUUUUAUGUAUGUUGGCUGCCUAGGGAUUUCAAAUGGGCAGAGGAGGAGGGUGUUGUCUCUUUGUGGAUCGCUGGAGAAUCAACUCUUUCUAUGUUCAGAAGCAGGGCACAGUGUGUGAAGUUUGUCUUUCUUUUUUAAAUGGCAAAUCUAAGUUUUCUCUCUAUUUAAGUUCGUAGCUGACUUUACAGCAUUUUUGUCCUCUGAAAGCCCUUGUGACUUUUGAAGAAUAGAUUGUUUCUUGUAGCUCUUCCUUUCUGUUGUGCACAGAUAAUGAGAUUUUUUAACACAAUUUACUUAAGAGCUUUUUCUUUUAACUUGGCAGAUGCUUUAAGGUAUACAAAUUAAGGCUUUCUGUAGUGAGAAAGGUUUGAAAUACUAUGACUGAACUGUAAGAAAAAAUGUAAUUGGCUUUACAGGUACAUAGUGCGUUCUCAUUUGAAAAGACUAUGUUGGGUUCUUUACCAGCACGUCAUGGUGCCCCUUGCCAACAGGUACUGUAUCAGCCUCUAUCACUGUCAGUGGGGAAUUGGGGUUGACCCAGCAGCUGAAGUCAGAGCUGCUUUUGCCUCUGCUUGUGUCUGCUCUUGUCAGUGAGAUUUUCAGGUAAGAUCAGUUUUCUAGGUAUUGUUCUCCUGCAUCUGAAGAGGUAGGACACCUUCCCAUAGACACUGCUAAAAGGAGAAGCAUAGUGAAUUUGGUCUUUCAGUACGUAUUUAUAACAGCAGCUAUCCUAUCUGAAUUAGGCAGAACCCUUUCAGCUUCCUUGCUCUGUCAGAUAUUAAGCACAAAAGGGAACUUACAUAGUAUUUGGGUAUGUAUCUGUUUUUCUGAAAUCACAGCUCUCGUUGUUGGAGAAGGAGAGUAACUUGGUAGUUUCCUUGACUUUGGUCAUGGGGAGUCUCUUCAUUACUCAGAUGUUCUUACUUGACACUUCUCAGCAACAGCUUUUCCUUGCUGACCUACAACCUAGUUACUAGAUACCAACAGUAUUGGAACUCGUGGACUUGUCUCCCACUUUAACGUCCUUUGGGCUUCUAUUUGUAUUAACCUGAGUCAAAAGUAAAUUCAUGAGAGCUAGGUGAUACUUAAACUCUUCCAGGUUUUGAGUUUCCUGGAAGAGGAAAUGCUGUGCUUCAGAAGGAACGUUGUGUCAGGCCAAAUUUGCCAAACUGGAGACUUGCAUGUGGUGUUCUCUAAAAACAUCUAUGAUAACUUGUUUGUUGAAACAGUUGAGUUGGUUUAAUGAAAGCAGUUUGCGUAUGUAACCAAACUUGGCAGCAUUAGUAUACAAAAUCCCAAGAAUGAAAUACAUUACUUUUAUCUUGUUCAGUCUAAACAAUCCUCAGUCUUUCUUCCUCUUUCUGUUUUGAGAGGAAGGGAUAGAAGUGAUGGAGCAACUAAACAGUCACUCUCAAAUCAGCUUCCUUCUUAAAACCCAAGGAAAGCGUGAACAAAAGCAAACAAACUCUUUGACCAAACAGUUCUUUCACUUGCUUAAUACAGGAUAAAAUUCACUUUAGAGUUGAUGUUCAAAACACUUACGUACAGAUAUGAUUGCACUCCAACAGGGUGUGAUGGUUUUGGAACUCAAUUUUUAUUUCUUGAUGCCUGUGUCAAGUCUUGCUGCUAUCUCGGUGUUCUCAAAAGAGAUAAAAUCCUGGCACUUUGUGCCAAGUUGUGGUGUUGCCCUUGCAGCUGGCACUGUGUCAUAUCCCUAAUGAAAAAAUAUCAGCGUUUUCUGGGUCAGCGUCCUUGGUGUUGGAAGCCUGGGGGUUUGAGCAUCUGGCAAGCAAAAGGCAGCAAGGAUGCGGUGCUCAGCUGUUGGCGCUGGUCUGAAGUUUUUUUGACAGGUUAAGGUUUUCAGCCUUGUAGAUCAAGGCAUCUCGCAACUGUGCUGUCAGGGAAUUAUUUUCAAUUUCAAAGGGUUUUUUAAUUGCUUUGAUUAUAGGCUUACAUCCAUUUUUCUGGAGGGGGGAAUACUGAGUCCUUUGCACGUUUCCUGUUUAAUUCGUCUGUUAUAGUAUGUUUGUUUGAAAAGAGUUUUCUUAGACCAUGAGUACCAGAGCUAGUGGUAUGGUGUUCUGGUCAAGUAAGUGAAUAUUAAAGUUCAUAACCUGCCCUUUUCAAAUUUCUAAUGGUA